UACGGGCCUAUAAAAAAGAUCACUUUAUAAGUUUAUAUCAACAUCAUUCAUUAAUUCCUUUUGCUUGUGUGAAGUGCCAAAUUAAGAGAGAAACAGAGAGAUAGAAGGAAAAGCAUCAAAGAUGAAACCCAACUUUUCAUUUUUGUUUAAGCUUUUGAUACUGCAAUAUCUAGCAGUUCUAUCCAUUUCUCAGGAAUUUGAUUUCUUCUACUUUGUUCAGCAGUGGCCAGGAGCAUACUGUGACACAAAGCAGAGCUGCUGUUAUCCCAAGACUGGGAAACCUUCAGCAGAUUUCAGCAUUCAUGGACUUUGGCCUAACUACAAUGAUGGAUCAUGGCCCUCAAACUGUGACCCUGACAGUGUCUUUGAUAAAUCUCAGAUCUCAGAUCUCAUUAGCAACAUGGAGAAGGAUUGGCCAUCCCUGAGCUGUCCAAGUAGCAAUGGCAUGAGGUUCUGGUCACACGAAUGGGAAAAACAUGGUACAUGUGCAGAAUCUGAGCUUGAUCAGCGCGAGUACUUUGAAACAACUCUCAAACUGAAGCAAAAAGUAAACCUCCUUCGGAUCCUCAAGAAUGCAGGGAUUGAGCCAGAUGAUGGAUUUUACACCCUAGAAAGCAUUUCAGAAGCUAUAAAAGAGGGAACUGGGUUUACCCCAGGGAUAGAGUGCAAUAGAGAUUCAGCUCGUAAUAGUCAACUUUACCAAGUCUACAUGUGCGUGGACACUUCUGGGUCAAAUCUUAUUGAGUGCCCUGUGCUUCCAAGGAGCAAGUGUGGUGAACAAAUUCAAUUCCCCAAGUUUUAAGAAAAUUUAGUUCGGUAAAAUUAACAUGCAUGUUUUCCCUUUCGCUACUCAUCUUUUGUCUUUCAAAGUGUAAUAAAAAUAAAUGUUCACAUUGACGCGUUCUAAUGUUCUCCCAUUCAAUUCCCCCUUUAAGUAAUUCAUGUAUUGAUAGUUGAUACAAAAAUUUAGUGUUUGGGAUCAGUUUGAGAAAUCCAAAGAUCAAAGUGAAUUUUAAUUA